GGAUCCUUUCCUUUUUUUUCCAAUUCCUUCUUUCUUGGCUUUCCACUCCUCGUCGUCUGCAGGCUGGAUCCGGAUACCAACUGUGGCGUCUAUCAAAAACGCCAAACGACCAGUGGCGGAUUGACUGGAAUCAACCCAUCCUGGCUAUCUAUCGCUGCCGAUAAGCCCUGUCCCGAAGUAGAGACACUCGGUAUUACGACUCGCCAUCAUCUCAUUCUCGCAUCUGUCCAUCCCAAUCUCACCUCACCUUGCUCGGGGUACGCAAUACGAGACGAGAUAACUAAUCGUGCUGCUCCUCGCCUCGCCUCUCCUCGCCUCGCCUCCCUUCUUCCCUGCGUCCCGGCGACUCUCGCUCUUUCUCAGCCUCAGCCUCGGACCUGAUCCUGUCUGCAUCUCAUCUUCUGUCCAACCCGCCCAAUCCAAGGCGGCCCCCCGGCAGAGCUGAAUGCUAAGCUUUUAGUUUAAUUUUAUUCUUUAAUUCCCUAAUCCCGCCCCGUCCAUUGUCCUUUUUGCUCUUCUUGGCUUCUUGGGAGGCGUCUUCUGCUCCGUCUCGAUCUUGAUCUCCAUCUCCAUCUCCAUCUCCAUCUCGCUCCUCCAUCGUCUCGCCUCCUCGCCCGCUCCUCAUACCGUCACGCCAAGCAUGGGAGCCGACGGCAUGGGCCUCAUCAAGCUGCCGUCCCGUCACUGGCGGGCCGCCGUCAUCGUGGGCUGCACGCUGCUCUUGGCCCUGCCCCUCUACCAGCUGCGCGACCACCAGGCCGCCGGCUACUACAAGCAGUACAUCUACGACCAUCUGCCCACCUACCUGCAGGGCCCGGGCGUCUACAACAACACGCUCUAUCACGAGGGCACCGAGGCCGCCGUGCACUCGCAGUGGAACUUCAGCUCGCCAUGCCACGGCUUCCCCAACAUGGACAGCAUCAUGCUGGUCAUGAAGACGGGCGCCACCGAGGCCUACGACAAGCUGCCCACCCAGCUGCUCACCGGCCUGCAGUGCAUCGACGACUUCCUCAUCUUCUCGGACCUGGAGCAGCAGGUUGGUAAAUAUCACAUCUACGAUGCCCUCGACCGCGUCGACCCCAAGAUCCGCGAAAAGUACGAAGAGUUCAAGCUCUACGAGGCGCAAAAGGAAUGUCCCGUCUCGCAAAAGGACUGCACCGCCGACAUGGAGGGCGGCUGGGCGUUGGAUAAGUUCAAGUUCCUCAACAUGGUGGUGCGCACCUGGGAGCUGCGUCCCGACCGCGAUUGGUAUGUCUUCGCCGAGGCCGAUACCUACGUCGUGUGGCCGACUCUGGUCCACUGGCUGCGCAACAAGGUCAACCCGCGCGACAACGUCUACAUCGGCAGCGUUGCCAUGAUGGCCGGCUUCCCCUUUGCCCACGGCGGCAGCGGCUACAUCGUCUCCGGCGCCCUCAUGCGCAAGAUGGCUUCGAUCCCGGACAUUGCCAAGUUCGACGACAUGGCCGGCGACGAAUGCUGUGGCGACGUGCUCUUCUCCAAGGCCGCCAAGGAAGCUGGCACAAAGGUCUUGAACGCACACCCCAUGUUCAACGGCGAGAAGCCCAACACGCUGCCUUACGGACCCGGCCACUGGUGCGAGCCUCUCUUCACCAUGCACCACAUGAACUCGGAGGAGAUUAGCGGCGUGUGGCAGUAUGAACAAACACGCACCAACAAGGACCUCAUGCAAAUCCGAGAAAUGUACUACGCUUUUUUCGCUCCCAAGAUGGUCCAGCACCGCAAGGACUGGGACAAUCUGUCAGAUGACACUUGCUACAUUGCUCCCGAUGAGGAGAGCCAGAAAAAGGCUCCGAAUGCCGCCAAAGACCGCCAGAAAAAGGAGGAAGACAAGAACAUUGUGCAGAAGAACGCGCACAACUCACCCGCCGCUUGCGCCAAAGUGUGCGAGUCCGAAGGGCUCGAUAUUCCCGCAGACAAAUACGAAAAGCUGGAUACAGAAACUGAUCGCAGCCAGCUGAUCCGAUCAAAGUACGAUGAAAAGACGGGAGACAAGGGCUUCAAAAAGGAUCGCAAAUGCUUCCAGUGGCGAUUCCAAAAGGGCGUUUGCUGCACGAGCAAGAGCUUCAAGCUCGGCAAGCCCAAGAGGGAGAAGGAAGAUAAAGACAAGAUGACGAGCGGGUGGUUCGUCAGGGGCAUCAACGACUGGAUCGAAACACAAGGAGAGUGCCCCCUGGAUUGGAGAAAUCCUCACUAAGAAAUGUGAGGGAUCGCGGAGAAGAAAAAAGAGCAUCUUUCUUGAAUCUUUUGUUUUUGGGUAUAGAACUGGGAUGGGAUAGGCACCACACAAUAAGGCGUUUUUUUUUCCCGAGGGCAAUGGAAAAAAAAGGGAAACGGAAUGACAUUGGGGGCUUGAUUAUUUGUUUUUUUGUCUCUUUGUUGUUCGAUUAGCAUCAUUAACUUUUUUUUUUUUUUGUAAAACCACUCCCUAUUUCCUUCAUUUUUUUAUCAACUAUGAAUCAUGAGGUUAGGAAAGAUUGGUUUCUGUUUCCUCGUCAUAGAUGCGCACACACAUAGGUUGGACAAGUGUCUUUUUGGAUCAGAGAGCGCAAUCACGCAUGCAUAUAUAACUACAUAUACAUAUAUCCAUUUGCAUAUACAUAUGAAGGGCACUUUAUUCACACAGAUGGUUAGUUAUCAGCGUCUUAUACUUGUAAUGCACGGGUCAAAAGACAAUAUGUGUGAUUCAUGCUUCAUUCUUGUCAAUCUAUCAUUUAGGUUGUAUUGUUACACAUCUGUCUUGUCUUCUCUACUUGUAAUUCGCAACGAAGCAAUCCGCUUGAUUCAUCAUUCUCAAAAGCUCGUCUCCCUUGUAGCCCACUUGCAGUCCAACACGACUCCGAAAAAAAAGAAGUUUAAAGAAAUUCCAGGCCAUUUCGUGUACCGUAGUUACCUCAUACACACAUGCAUAUAUAUUCCCCGCCCCUGUUAUCAAAACCUUCCGCUUGAAUUCAAGACAGGAAAAAAAAAAAAAAGACAACUCCAGUAAUUCCAAUGUCUCAGUGAUAAGCGCGCUCUUCAAAUCUCUCAAGAUUAUUCAUUUAAGAUGCCGUUGUCUUGGCCCCAUGACGCCCGCACCAGUGAGGAUUCUUGGGAGACCGCAUGAAGCAGUAUCCCUUUGCAUUAGAUCUGGCCGGUGGGCCGUACAUCUCCUUGAUCUCGCAGUACUCGGCGUCCUUGCCGAACCAAUCUUUCAGGUGCCUGUGGAGUUCGCAGCGUGAGAUGCCGCACUUGCGACAGUAUACCUGGCCCUUGACCCGCAGGCGCUCCAGGUCGUUUUCAGUGUUGCUGAUGUUGGAGUGCGGGUGCACAAGAGGUCCGGCACCCCGCCAUGCCCAUUCGAUGUCGUUGGGGCCGGAAUACCGGCUAGACAGCGGGACAGUGCCAUUCUUGCGGCGGUGGAUAUCAUACAGCUUGGAGUGUGUAAGGCCGAGGCAUGCGCCAUCGAUGGGGUCGAGGAAGUCAAAGAUGGCGUAGUGCAGCUCGGAAGGAAGGUCAAGAAGGGUGAGGCGAGCAGAUGGUCGAGGUUGAUUCGCAGGUUCUGGCUCCUUGUCUGUGACAGAGUACGAGCGGCGAGGCGGCGGCAGCUUCGGGCGUUGCGGCAGCUGGACGGGCUGCUUCUGGACGGGCUGCUCUUGGAUGGGCUGCUGCGGUGCCGGGCUUGCAGGGACGGCCGCAUGUUCCGGAAUGCGAUCGAUGGUCGUAGGCAUCGCGGCAUGGAAGUGAUGCGGUCCGUCAUUCUGUGCUUGAUACUCCGUCAAGGACCACCCCCGCCGAGGCGCCCUCAUCAUGCCUCUCUUAAUCAUCAACUCCCUAGCUCUCUGAGCGUGCUCCUCCCUCGACACGACCUUAUUUUCAGAUCUGCCGCUGCCCGCCUCGAGCGUGUCAUUGCCGCUCUGGGAGAGGGAUGGAACUCCAUGUACUUGAACCAUUGUUACUCAGUUCAGAUAUAUCCGCAAGCCAACUUGCUGAGUGGUGAUGGUCGAAAUCGGCUGUGUCGACAAGAAGCAGUUGAAAUAUGCGGGUUGCGACAGAGCAGGCGAUAAUCGGGUGAUGCGCGAAUGAUGUUGACUAUGAGGUUGGUAUAGAACCCCCACGAGUUGCAGUAAGGGGUGUGAUGCAGGAAGGUGUUGACUCUUGUUUUGUUUCGUUAUCGUAGUUGCGUAAUGCGGCACAAUGUUUUAUGAUGAAGUGGCAGGCUCCUCACUAACGACUUCAUGAGAUAGCUAACACGAUGCCGUGCCGAUGAUGUGUGCAAAGUGAUUCGCUCUUCCCCCCAC